UCUCACAGCUCGCUUUUCGGUCUAAAGAAACACCGGUAGGUAGAAGAAGCAGAACAGAACCCACCGACGAAUCGCCGGAGCGACCCCCCGGAGCUGAAGAAACCGUCAAUUCUGAAGAGAACGGAGAAGAAAGAAGAGAGCAGAGAGCAGAGAAAGAGAGAUCGUUCUUGCGUGGCAAUGGCAGGAUUCAAUUCUCCGACCUUCCUCCUGAUCUACGCCACCGUGUUCGUGGUCUUCAGCUUCUCCUCAACCGCCGUCCUCGGAAGCCUCGGGAUCCAGCACAGCGUUGCAUGGAUUCCUAACCAGGCGACCUGCAAGGGCUCCAUAGCGGAGUGUUUCGGCGGAGAGGAGUUCGAAUUUGAUUCCGAAAUCAGCCGUCGUAUCUUGGCCACCAGCCAGUACAUCAGCUACGGCGCUCUGCGGAGGAACACGGUACCUUGCUCGAGACGCGGUGCAUCCUACUACAAUUGCCAGCCUGGAGCUCAGGCCAAUCCCUAUACUCGUGGAUGCAGCGCCAUUACGAGGUGCAGGAGUUGAGUAAUUUAUUUGUACUCUUUGUUUAAUAACCUUUACUCUUCCUUUAAAUGUUUAUUGAUCUUUUUCUUUUCUCUUUUAUAUCUUUCCUUUGAGAUGGCUUUGAUUGUUAUACAAAUUGAGCAGGGGAGAUUGAUUAUAUAGUGUCGUCGUUGUCGUUGUUAUAAGUGAUGAAAAUUGUUGUGGUUAAUUAAUUAUAUAUCUCUUUUCAAUAAUGUGAUAGUCUUGUAGUGGCUUGGAUGUUCGUCCCUGUUUCUUUUCCUUUCUUGAUUGAAGGGAAAAGAGAGUCUGCAAAGGCUGUAAUAAGUUGGAAUUAGGGAGAAUUAUGGAUCCCAUCAUGAGAUCAGAUUGAGAAUAAAUUGAUUGUUGUUUGAG